AUGGAGAGAACAAAAGCAAGAAAACCUCAUGCCAUGAUGAUUCCAUACCCACUUCAAGGCCAUGUUAUUCCUUUUGUCCACUUAGCCAUCAAACUCGCUUCACAUGGCUUCACCAUCACUUUCGUCAACACCGACUCCAUCCACCACCACAUCUCCACCGCUCGCCACGGUGACGCCGGAGACAUCUUCUCCGCCUCCCGCAGCUCCGGCCACCUUGACAUACGUUACACAACCGUGAGCGACGGCUUCCCUUUGGGGUUUGACCGGUCGCUUAACCAUGACCAAUUCUUUGAAGGCAUUCUUCACGUCUUCUCUGCCCACGUCGAUGAUCUCAUCGCCAAAAUCUCCCGCCGGGAUGAUCCUCCGGUGACUUGCUUGAUCGCCGACACGUUUUACGUUUGGUCAUCAAUGAUUUGCGACAAACACAACCUCGUUAAUGUCUCGUUUUGGACCGAACCUGCCUUGGUCCUUAAUCUCUAUUAUCACUUGGAUCUCCUCAUAUCCCACGGUCAUUUCAAAUCUCUGGAUAAUCGUGAAGACGUGAUCGAUUAUAUACCAGGAGUUAAAGCAAUAGACCCAAAAGACUUGAUGUCAUAUCUUCAAGUAAGCGACAAAGACGUAGACACGGACACAGUUGUCUAUAGAAUAUUAUUCAAGGCCUUUAAAGACGUUAAGAGAGCCGAUUUCGUGCUAUGCAACACCGUACAAGAGCUCGAACCAGGCUCUCUCGGGGCUCUACAAGCCAAACAACCGGUUUACGCCAUUGGUCCUGUUUUCUCAACCGAAUCGGUUGUCCCCACGAGCCUAUGGGCUGAAUCAGACUGUACCGAGUGGCUCAAGGGGAGGCCCACCGGGUCGGUCCUCUACGUCUCGUUUGGUAGCUAUGCACAUGUUGGUAAAAAGGAGAUCGUUGAGAUAGCCCAUGGGCUUUUGCUAAGUGGGCUUAGUUUCAUUUGGGUUUUACGUCCGGAUAUCGUUGGAUCCGACGUGCCAGAUUUUCUUCCGGCCGGGUUCAUGGACCAGGUCCAAGGUCGAAGCCUUGUGGUCCAGUGGUGUUGCCAGAUGGCAGUGAUCUCAAACCCGGCCAUUGGAGGGUUUUUGACACAUUGUGGAUGGAAUUCGAUUCUAGAGAGUGUUUGGUGUGAUUUACCGCUAUUGUGUUAUCCGCUUUUGACCGAUCAGUUCACGAAUAGAAAACUUGUGGUCGAUGAUUGGCGCAUUGGGAUUAAUCUUUGCGAGAAGAAGAUGACCACAAGGGACGAAGUCGCGGCGAAUGUUAGACGGUUGAUGGACGGAGAUAGUUCAAGUGAGCUAAGAGAAAACGUUGAAAAGGUUAAAAGUCAUCUAAAAAAUGCUAUUUCAACCACUGGAUCUUCAGAGACAAAUUUCAACUCGUUCAUUGGUGAGGUCCGAGAUAAAAUAGAAGCUAAAUUAUGUAACCUAAAUGGAAUGGAAAUAAGUCGCAUAACAAGCGCCCGUCAGUUGUUCGACGAAAUGCCUGACCGAGAUACCGUUGCGUGGAAUACCAUGUUGACAGGCUAUUCUCAUCUGGGUCUCCAUCAGGAAGCUAUAUCUUUAUUCACCCACUUGAGAUUCUCUCACCCUAAGCCUGAUGAUUACUCUUUUACAGCAAUCUUGAGCACUUGUGCGAGUGUACGGGAUGUUAUAUUCGGAAGACAGAUUCAGUGUCUAGUUAUCAGGUCUGGGUACGGUGCUUCGUUACCGGUUAAUAAUUCGCUUGUUGACAUGUACGGUAAGUGUUCUGAUACUCUUAGCGCAAACAGAGUGUUUAGAGAUAUGUGCAAUGAUAGUAGAAAUGAAGUAACUUGGUGCUCGCUUUUGUUUGCGUACAUGAAUGCUGCACAGUUUGAAGCCGCCUUCGAUGUUUUUGUUGAAAUGCCGAAAAGGGUUGCAUUUGCUUGGAAUAUUAUGAUCUCAGGGCAUGCCCAGUGUGGAAAGAUUGAAUCUUGUUUAAGGUUAUUCAAAGAGAUGUUGCAGAGUGAGUUCGAACCGGAUUGUUAUACGUUUAGUUGUCUGAUGAAUGCUUGUGCUGAUUCAUCACAUCUUGUUUAUGGACGGAUGGUUCAUGCUGUUAUGGUGAAGAACGGGUGGGAUUCUGCGGUUGAGGCGAAAAAUUCGGUGUUAAGUUUCUAUGCAAAAGUAGGCUGCAAAGAUGAUGCCAUGAAAGAGCUCGAUUCUAUUGAAUUCUUGACUCAGGUAUCUUGGAAUUCUGUUAUAGACGCGUGUAUGAGAAUUGGAGAAACGGAUAAAGCUCUUGAGGUUUUUCAUCUAGCUCCUGAGAAAAAUAUCGUUACUUGGACUACUAUGAUUGCAGGAUAUGGUAGGAAUGGAGAUGGAGAGCGAGCACUGAGAUUUUUUGUUGAAAUGGUGAAUUAUGGGGUGGAUUCCGAUAAUUUCGCAUAUGGUGCUGUUCUUCACGCGUGUUCAGGUUUAGCUCUUCUAGGACACGGCAAAAUGAUCCAUGGUUGUCUGAUCCAUCACGGCUUUCAAGGUUAUGCUUAUGUUGGUAACGCCUUGGUUAAUUUGUAUGCCAAAUGUGGAGAUAUUAUCGAAUCAAACCGUGCAUUUGGUGAUAUAGCUAACAAAGAUUUGGUAUCUUGGAACACAAUGCUUUUCGCAUUUGGUGUGCACGGUUUAGCAGAUCAAGCUCUAAAGCUCUAUGAUGAAAACAUGAUAGCGUCGGGGAUUAAACCAGACAACGUGACAUUCAUUGGAUUACUGACAACUUGCAGCCAUUCAGGGCUUGUAGAGAAAGGAUGCGCGAUUUUCGAAUCCAUGGUUAAAGAUUAUGGAAUACCAUUGGAAGUAGAUCAUGUAACAUGUAUGAUAGAUAUGUUUGGGAGAAGUGGACAUCUAACAGAAGCAAAGGAGUUGGCUACAACUUACGCUAGUAAUAAUAGUUCAUGGGAAGCUCUUUUGGGUGCUUGUUCAACACAUUUGCACACAGAAUUAGGCAGAGAAGUUGGCAAAGUUCUAAAGAUAGCGGAACCAAGCGAAGAGAUGAGUUUUGUUCUGUUGUCCAACUUGUACUGCUCGAGUGGACGGUGGAAGGAAGCAGAAGAUGUGAGGCGAGAAAUGGUUGAACGAGGCAUGAAGAAAACUCCGGGAUGUAGUUGGAUCCAAGUAGGGAGCCAGGUUUCAGCUUUUGUAGUCGGGGACUGCUCACACCCGCGCUUUGAGGAGCUUUCUGCAGCUUUAAACUGCCUUCAACAUGAAAUGAGAAAUCCAAAGACUUUCAGAUCUUGA